GUUGCCCACAGACUCCAGGCAGGAGCGACACUGAGAGAGCAGCAACUGGUCCACUCAGCCCGCCGGUGUCUCCACUGCUGCUGCCUCCGCUUCAACACCUUCAGCCCCGGCGGAGAAGAACCGACACAACUGCCGCAGUCCACGGCUGUUUGCCGCAGGUGGAGUCGACGCGUCACUGCGCUGCUUUUACGCACAAUCCGAGGCUUUUUUGAGACUUGACAAGCUGAGCUUCUUCGCCAAUGGCAAGUCCGGUGGCAGACAUAGGACAGUCUCAUCAUCAUCAUCAUCAUCAGCAGCAGCAGCAGCAGCAUCCUCCUCAUCAUCAUCAGCAUCAGCCUGGCACUGUGUCGGCCGCAGACUCCGCGUUCCAGGAGGCGCAGAAAUGGAUCGAGGCCGUGACGGGAAGAUGUUUUGGUGACAAAGAUUUCAGAGGGGGUUUGGAGAACGGCAUACUGCUGUGCGAGUUGCUGAGCUCCAUUAAACCCGGUCUAGUGAAGAAAAUUAACAGACUCCCUACACCCAUUGCUGGUCUGGACAACCUCAGUGUGUUUCUUCGCGGCUGUGAGGAGUUGGGACUGAAAGGCUCUCAGCUGUUUGACCCCGGGGACCUGCAGGACACGUCCACACGCCCUAAGGGAAGUGACUGCAGCCGAAAACUCAAGAAUGUUUUAAUCACCAUCUACUGGUUGGGUCGUGCUGCCAACGGCUGUACCUCCUACAACGGGCCUACGCUGGACCUGAAAGAGUUUGAAGGCCUGCUGUCACAGAUGCGAAAGGAGGCAGAAGAGGCAGAAAGCCCCAAACGCAGCAUCCGUGACAGCGGCUACAUCGACUGCUGGGACUCGGAGCGCAGUGACUCUCUCUCCCCACCACACCACGGCCGCGAGGACUCCUUUGACAGCCUGGACUCCUUCGGCUCGCGCUCACGACAAACCCCGUCGCCAGACGUCCCGGUCGCCCGCUGCAGCAGCGAUGGUCGUGGCAGCGACUCGGAAUCCGACGGUCCCAACCUCCGAAAGAUGCCCGACCUCCGCAAAGACGACAUGCUGGCACGUCGGACGUCCGUCAGCGAGCCGCGGACCGCCAUGCCCUUCAACCAGUACCUCCCCAACAAGAGCAACCAGAGUGGAUACAUGCCCACGCCGCUGCGCAAAAAGAAAAGCGACAAAGAGGACGGAGGACGCAAGAGCUGGAGUACUGCCACGUCACCUAUAGGGGGAGACAGACCUCUCAGUCCAAAUGGCAACCCUAGGCUAGAUACCCAAACUCCACACUCCACCCCGCCCCCUGAACCCCACACACAGAUUCAUGUGGACCAUCAGAGAGUAGAGGAUGAGGAGGAGGAGGAGGAGGAAGGGGAGCUUACUGCAUCCACAGCGAGCAGGAGGAGCAGUGAGCCUCUGCACUGUAGCCUCCUCCAGCCCCGUGCAGAGACUCACACGGAGACUGUAACUCACCUGACAGUCACAUCUGAGUACAGCAGUCCAGCUCGCUCCUGCUCAGAGGAACUGUUCCGCCGCUCGCCAACAACUCCGACAGGAAACGGAAACGCCAUGGCAGCGUCGGGAGGGACGCCAGAGAGGGAGGAGUUUAGAGUGAGGAUGGUAGUCGCUGGCACUCCACCUGUCGCAGACGUAGACCAGGUGGAGAAGCAGGUGUGUCGACUGCUGACCUCUCCUAAACGCAUUGCCACCCUGAGUCCCUCCCACCUGCUUUCAGUGCCCGCUGCCAUGGCAACCACUUCAAAAGAAACAGCCAGUACGGGCAAACGAAGGGGCAGGGCACUGAGUGAAAGUGACGACCCACAAGGAGGGACGUCGUGGUUGGACAAUGAUCUUCCAGCAACAUUCAGCCGCACAGAUAGUGUGUCGGACGAUUCACAGAGUGUGAGUAUGAUCGACAUGCGUGGUGAAGAGGAGACCAUCACGCAGCCCCAUAAUCAGGUGCGUCAUGCGCUGAUGCACAAUCAGUACACCAAGAUGAAGGAAGAGGAGGAUCACUGGCAGGAUGACCUGGCGAAGUGGAAAAAUCGGAGGAGGAGUGUUUCUCAGGAUCUGAUCAAGAAGGAGGAGGAGAGGAAGAUGAUGGAGCAGCUGUUGACUGGAGACACCUGUAUCUCGCAGAGGAGGAGAAGCAUCAAGACGUACAGAGAGAUCGUGCAGGACAAAGAGCGUCGUGAGGAGGAGCUGCGUGACGCCUACAGAAGAGCCAGAACCCCAGAGGAGGCGUCGGCCAUCCUCCACCGUUAUGCCCAACGCUUCUCCAUCAGCGACGCCGUCCUGGAGCGCCUGCAGCUGCCAAAGCUCUUGGAUCGCAGCAUCUCCGCCGACCCCUCCUUCCCCGGCUCGCCCUUCCCUCUCUCCCUCUCCGCCUCCCCAACGACCCCCGACCCCUUUGACGAGGACCCCAAUGGCCCGCUGAGGUUCCUGCGCCAGCAGUCCGCUCCGGCUCCAAAGUUCACGUCCACGCUGGAGGCGCGAAUCGAGGAGUUUCCAAAAGACUCGUCCUCGCACCAGCGGCCCCAGAUCCGCUCCCGCUCGUCUGAGCCGCCGUCCACGCACUCUGCUCUGUCGCCCAGACCGGUGCCUCUGCUGACACCCAAGCCUUACUUUGAGCCCGGAGCCAGAGCGGCUGAGUCGAGGGCCAACAAGGCAGACGGUUUCCUUCGGGUCAACGGCAACGUAGGAGGCAACAGCGUUCCCGCUUCACCCGAGCGCCGAGGACGAGAAUCUCCUCCUCAUUUCGAGGCGUCUCCUUCUUACACCAACAACAGCACUGUCGACACGUCCUCUUCAGCAGCAGCAGCAGCAGCAGCAGCAGCAGCAGCGUCUCCUGCACACCACAGUCCACUUGUGUCACCAACAGGAGGAAGUCCACUGUUGGCAAAGGCCAAAGAGGCACAAGGUGGAACUGAAGAGGUUUCUGAGGAUCUCCAAGAGCGGAGAGGCACCGAGCAGUCAUCGCCACUCAGUCGGCCAACCUCACUUCCAGCGGAACUGCAGAAGCCACAGGAGAGCUUUUGGAAGGCUGGAAACCAGGCAGCAGCAGCAGCAGCUCCACAAGAGAACAACUCUGAUGUUGCAGCUCACCCAGCUCCACAUACAGAAGCCAAACAGGAAGAAGGAAAAGUUGAACCUUCAGCUCAGAACAACUGCAGUCUCGUCCAGUCGGGGGUCGACGCACCACAGAAUCCGCCUGUAACGUCACAGGCGAGUUUCCUCAGUUCCCAGGAGUCGCAGAAAAGAGAGAGUGAGCUCAGCUCAGCUGCUUCUCAGCCGUCACAGGAGAUCACAGCAGAGCUUGCAAACACUGUCAGGUCGCCGUUGGCAACCAGCAACCCUAAGUUACGCUGCGAGUUCUUCGCUCCACCAGGAGAGGUGGAAAAGGAACGCCGUGGAAGCGUGUCAGUGCCGGUGUUGCCUCAGACCAGGCGGGCCGACCGCUGGUCUUGGGACCCGGAUGAGGAGCGAAAGCGUCAGGAAAGGUGGCAGCAAGAGCAGGAGCGCAUGCUGCAGGAGAAGUACCGGCGCGAGCAGGAGAAACUGAAGGAAGAGUGGGAGAAAGCACAAAGGGAGGUGGCGGAGGAGGAGAGGAAGUACCAUGAGGAGGAGCGUAGGAUACUGGAGGAGACCGUGGCGCCUCUCACUCCUCGCUCCUCGGCUCUGCCGUCCCCCAGCCGCGGCGAGCUCUCGUCCACCGCCGAGCCCCACGACACCAUCGUCCGCUCUCUGGCCGACUGGGAACGCAAACAGGAACUGCUGGAGAGGCAGUCGAGGGCGAGUGUGGAGAGCGUGGAGGGGAGACGGAGGGAGAACGACAGAACCAGUGACAUCAGCACAGCUGAUGACAGCAUGAAAACAGGCAGAAGCUUAGUGAGUCAGAGCAGCAGUCAGCAGGAAACACUCGCUCACAGUCUGCACAACGGCCAAAAAGCUCCUCACAUGAAGCCCUCCACUCCUGUGAAGAAACAUCCAGAUCUGACGGCGGACGGCAACAAGGCCGGCCGGCCUGCAGGAGAGAGGAGGGCUGGUCCCGUUGAUAAUAACAUGAGCCGCAGCUCAUCAAAGCCUCCUGCAGCAUGUCCACCCACUGCAGACUCACUGCCUCCAUCACCGAACAGGUCUGUCAGUGGGAAGAAGCUUUGCUCCAGCUGUGGGCAGCCGUUAGGAAAAGGUGCCGCGAUGAUCAUAGAAACUCUCAGCCUCUACUUCCACAUUCAAUGCUUUAAGUGUGGGGUGUGUAAGGGACAGUUGGGCGACACGACCACAGGAACCGACGUGCGAAUCCGAAACGGCCUCCUCAACUGCCAGCAGUGCUACAUCCGCUCCCGCUCUGCUGGGCAGCCGACCACGUUGUGAUGCUCUACACAACAAAAACAAGCACAAGGUUCAGUCCAGUCCGUGUUUUUAACACAAUGACCUGCACACAUCACACCAAGAUUCAUCACCAGGCCAAAUGGGAGCCAAAGGUUUUCGUUAAAAAACAUCUGAACACAAAUAUGUGGAUAUAUUUGUUUGGUCUCCCCGUGCCGUCACAGACUCACUGUUUCAUCACGAGCGUAAAGAGGGGGAGAAGAAGAGAGAGACGGUUGUGAGGGCGGUGGCGGGCUGCGGCCAUGUUGAAGAGAAAACACACGGUCACAUUCACAGACGCUUCAAACACAGACACACGGACGCUCUGCGGGGACGGGGACGCUCACGUCUUACUUCAGUAGAAUCAGAUUCUGCUUUUGUUCUGGAUGGAAAAGAAACGGUUUGUGAAAAGCACUUGGUUCCAUAUGAUGGAAAAAAAAAACCACCUUUUUUCUUCAUUUAUUUUUUUUGGGAUGAUAAGAAUCCAGACUGGAUCUGAAUAUCUGCAGAAACAAAGCUCACUAUAAUCCAACCGCAGGAAGUCCCUAUGUGUUUAAGCCUUUGGCCCAAACAGUGAUCUCUUUCCAUGUUCUGUGCUCAGAAUGACAUAAUCUAAUCCAAACACACACAUUAUGGAUGUAGUUCAUCACUGGGGCAAUAACAGCUGCUGGGGUCGCAGAAGGUUGUUCCUCGGUCAGGACUUUAAUGUGCCUUAAGAAAGAAAGCAAGGUGAUGCAGGAGAACGGAUGAAACACCAGCUGCUCUCUGGUGUUUUAUGAUAUUUAUCUUUAAAUUUAGGGAAGGAAGGAAGGAGGGAGGGAGGGACUUUGGCCAAAAUUUAAGGACAGACAAAACUGCAGCCCCUUCCCUACAUCACACUUUACUUCACUUCAUAACGACUGUUCACUUUCACAUUAACGUCAUUUUAAAUUUUCUGUUUGUUCCUCUGUGAUUUGCAGUAAUCGAUGCAAAGAAAGGAACGUAACUGUUGUGUAUCUGGGAGUGUGUAUAUAUAUAUAUAUAUAUAUAUAUACAUAUACACACACAUAUAUGUA